AUUCGGUCAUAUAAAACAGCCAUUUUCUCUUCUGGAAGCUGCAGAUAGAACUUUUCCACCCUAGGGUUUCUUCGUCCUGCAUCAAUGGGUAAGGGUACGGGAAGUUUUGGUAAGAGGAGGAACAAGACCCAUACUCUCUGUGUGCGGUGCGGCCGCCGCAGCUUCCAUCUCCAGAAGAGUCGGUGUUCAGCAUGUGCUUUCCCUGCUGCCCGCAAGCGAAAGUAUAACUGGAGUGUGAAGGCCAUUAGGAGAAAGACAACCGGAACUGGAAGGAUGAGGUACAUGCGCCAUGUUCCGCGUAGAUUCAAGAGCGGCUUCAGAGAGGGUACUGAAGCUGCACCCAGGAACAAGGGAGCUGCAGCAUCAGCAUAAGGUUUUGGAAGGAGUUCAACUUAAUUUCAGUUCCCAACUAUAGCUUUCAGUAGGGGCUUUACUCGUCUGAGGAUCAUUUCAUAUAAUUUUGUUUUCUAGUUUUGCCUUUUCAUGAUUUAGUUGAACGCGGUUUCUUUAAUAUUUAAUGUUUUGAAAUUUGGACAAAGAUGAAUCAGAUUAUUCGUACUCUGCUACUUGUUUUUGUGCUAUUUUUAGCGUGUUCUUAUUCUUCCC